AGGAGCGUGCAGUCGAGGUCUCUCCUCCAGGCUGUGGCUGCGCACACAUUGUCCGCUCUGCUUCUUCAACUACAUCGCCUGAAUUUGCAUAGCCUACUUUUCCUGUGCGUCUUUUCCAAGCUGAUCGUUAACUAUUCCGAUUUCCCCACUCCCCGGGAGUGGUCCGGGAACUUUUUGCUAUAAUGAGCAAACAAACGGUCAACCUUGACACCUACAGCCUGUCGCUGCUCACAGCCAAAGAGGACAUCCUCAACCCCCGCUCCUCUACCAACUGGGCAUUAUUUACCUAUGAAGGGGUCACCAACAAGCUCAAAUUGGCAGACUCGGGAGCGGGCGGUGUGGCAGAACUGGCAGAAAAGUUUCACAUCUCCAAACCUCAGUAUGGACUGUGCAAAAUAGGAGGUAUUGAUGGAGGUGCUCCUCGGAUUCUUAUGAUAAGCUGGGUCGGCCAAAAUGUGGAUGAAUACAGGAGAAAUGAGUGUGCCACCCACAUUCCAGCCAUCAAACACUUCUUUAAGGAAGCACAUGCUUUUAUUAGUGCAGAAAAGUCGGAGGAUGUGACAGAGGAGAGGGUGAGAGCUGAGCUGAGCAAGGCUCAGACUCAAGCUCCCAUGCAGUGGGUGAGGAGAAGUUCCAGGUCUACUAACAAGGAGGAAAUUGUGGGUACAAACUACAGAAAAACCAAUGCUGCAAUGGAAAUGAGACUAAUUAACAGAGACUCCUUCUGGGCACGUGCAGAACGUGAAGAGGAAGAGCGUAAAGAGGAGGAGAAAAGAAGGGCUGCAGAGGAGAGACGUCGCCUUGAAAGAGAGAGGAUUCUAAAGGAGCGAAGGGAUGCAGAAGAGAGAGACAGAAAAAUGAAUGAAAAACUUCAGAUGAUUGAGGAGCAAAGACGGAAACAGAGGGAAGAAGAAGAGGAGAUGCGGAAAAAGGAGAAAUUAAGAUGGGAACAGCAACAAAGGGAACACGAAGAAGUUAUGAGGGCUCGUCUUAGAAGAAGUGAAUCCAUAGAGAAAGCUGCUGAAGCAGCAGCAUUAGUGUCGCAGCGCUCCAUGAAUCCCAGAGAGUUCUUCAGACAACUGUCAUCUUCGUCAUCACAGAGCCCCACCAGUCCUGGAUCAUCCCGCAGUGGAAAACCAUUCAGACGGUACCAACGCAGUCUGACGGAUACAGCAUUUAUCUUUUCAAAAUCAGAAGACAGUGCAGGAUGUUCUCCGCACACGUCUCCACUGGUCUCUCCCUUCUCAAGAGCUCCUCCGUCCCCAGUUUUCCGGGCCAUGUCUCCCCCCAGAACCCCAGAUUUUCAACCGGUCACCUUACCACAGAAGCCCAGAAGCCCCAUGACGCCACCAACAUCCCCAGUUCGAUCUGCUCCCCCAGUUUCGGCUCUGCCCAGUGUUCCACGAAGUAGCGACCGAGUUAAGGCUGCAGCUGAACUGGAAGCUUCAGAACCAACAGAACCUUCUGCGCCUCCAGCUUCCCCUAGCCUACUAAAGUCUUUGUCCCCCAGUUCAAUAAAUGAAAACCUCCCUCAGUUUCUUUCAGAGUCUGUGCCACCCUCAGAUUUAAUGAAUACAACCGAUGCAGAUCAGCAUGAGCCUUCACAGGUUCUAACAGACCCUCUUCUGCUGAACACAGAAUUUAACACACCAUGCCUCGUAAACAAGCUGGUCUCAGACUCUAGCUUCAAAGUACAAGCUGUACUGGUGGAAGCAGAUGAGGAAGAGGAUCUACAGGAGGAGGAGGAGGAGGAGCAGAGAGAUGAACCUGAAACAAAACCAGAGGUGGAAUCUGUCACUAAUGAACCAACUGGGAUUGAAAUGGAUCAAGUAGAUAAAGAACAAAUGCAAGACGUGACAAGAGAUGAGGAGGAGGAGAAAAAGGAGGUGGACAAGGAUAAAGAGUUUGAAGAAGAGGGUAUGGAUGGGGAACUUGAAGAAGUGGAAAAUAAAGAGAAGCAGGAGGAGGAGAGUAAGGAGGAUCAGCACGAGAUGGAGGAUAAGAAGGAACUCGACAGGGAUGAGGAGGCGUCGGUGGGAUCAAAACAUAAAACUGAUCCUUCAUCCCUGGUACAGCCAGCAGAGACGCCCCAGGUUGAAGAGAAGGCAGAGAAAGACGAAGAAGAGAACAUUCAUUCAGGAGUCAACCAGACUCCUACUGAGCUAUCAGAGGAAGAAGAAGAUGAAGCAGAAACAGACCUUGAACCAGUUUGCCAAGAUGUCAAAAAUGUCAACAUUCUCCCAUCAACCAAUGGGAUGACAAAUGGUGAUUGCACCCAAGAGGAAAAUUACACAGUGAGCUCUUUGAGUCCAACUAACACAGACGGCAGGAUAUCUGAGUCUCCUGACUGCUACAGAUCCGCAGAAGAGGAAGAAAAUGACGAAGAGGAGCAACAGCUCUCCAAAAAUGGACAAGAGGAUUUAUCCGAGCGACAUAUGUGCGUCCGAGCUCUGUAUGACUACCAGGCAGAGGACGAAUCCGAGAUCUCCUUUGAACCGGGUGACAUCAUAAGGGACGUGGAGACGGUGGACAAAGCCUGGUGGAGGGGGUGGAGCAAAGACGGUCGUCAGGGUUUAUUCCCCGCUAAUUACGUGGAGACCAUAUAGGCAGGCAGAGGCACUCUAUACGUACACUUACACACACAUUCACACACUCAGGGACACACAUCCUAUCUCGUUUCUGCAUGUUUUUACCUUAAUCCUCCCACUGAAACUUUAUGCUCUCUUUUCUGUAGGAAGAAUAAAGAAACAUGAGGCUCCUUGUUCCGAAGAAAGCAUGGAGUAAAGUUUGACUCUUUAUUUUGAUGUUUUUUUUUUUUUUGGAGAAAAACACAAGUAUGCAGAAAUUACCCAGCCUUAUUUUUUAUGGGUGAAAUAGUAAAGACCUUUUCCUGGACCAAAAUAACUUAUUUUCUUUUAACAUGCAGUUGAAAUGGGGGAUUGGGGGGGUGGAGAUGCAGAUGAUAGGAAACUUGCUUUUCUUCUAAGUAACAAACAUGUUUUAACUGCAGUGCUCCUUUUUGAUCCUCACAUAUAACAAGCAUACCUUUGCUCACCAUUCGUACCCAUAUACCAGGUACCAUCUUUGUAAUCAUCAUCUUGUGUCUCUUCCAUUAUUUUGGAGCGCUGUAUUUGCUACUGACAUACAUUGCAGGUUAAUUAACCAAACCAGAGCAAGAAACUGAACAAAAUGAUAAAAAAAAGUGAAAAAUGAUGUUGAUUUUCUCUUCUGUUAAACUUCUGUAUGGAUUCUGUGUGUUCCAUUGUUGAUACCCUGCAUUACAUUUGGUCCCUUGUCUUCUUUCCUAGAAUUUAACAGUGUAAUUCAUAAUGUCAACAGAUUUCAAGUGCAUCAUUACUACACUGUAUAUAAGAAUUUAUACAGAAAACGUAAAUUCUUAGUUCACAUGUUUAUAUGUCCUAUGCUUAUUUUAUUUGCCAUUUCUUUUUGUAUUUACUUAAAACUUACAAAUACAGCUUUUAUGCACUUAAAUGUCUUCUUAAUGUUUCUGUUUGUCUUUAUCGUCAUUGUUAUGGCAUUAAAAAAAACAAGCAAAAUUUGCAAA